AUGACGAAAAGCAAACAAGGGGAGGUAGCUCACCUCGAGAUUUACCCUGAUCAAUCAAGUAACCCUCAACUCAAUACCCUAUCUCCGCAAUCUUCAAACCCGGCAUGGGAAUCUUUACAAAAGAAACAGCCAGAGGGCGAUACCGCUCUUGCUUUGUUUCGGGACAGCGAACAAUUACAUCAGGCGGUUGAUCCCGUGGAAGAGAGAAAGCUAAUCAAAAAAAUCGAUAUGGUUAUUUUGCCUUGUUUGGCUAUUUGUUAUACAUUUUAUUAUAUUGACAAAACAACUCUUUCAUACGCCGCAAUUUUCGGCAUCAAAGAUGAUUUAAACCUAGAAGGAACCAAAUACUCCUGGCUUUCAAGCAUCUUCUAUUUCGGAUGGCUCGUUUGGGCAUUCCCAACCAAUUAUCUCAUGCAGAAAUUUCCAGUUGGGAAAUACCUUGCGUUCAAUAUCUUCAUGUGGGGAGCCCUACUCAUGUGUCAAGCCGCUGCCCGUAACUUCAUCGAACUAGCCAUCCUUCGAGCCCUAUCCGGUGCCGCUGAAGGCUGUAGCGACUCCUCAUUCAUGAUCAUAACCUCCAUGUGGUACACGCGGCGCGAACAACCUAUUCGCAUCGGCCUAUGGUAUACCGCCAAUGGCGUGGGUAUUGCGCUCGGUGGCCUCAUCGGCUACGGGAUCGGUAAUAUUCGCGGUUCCUUAUCAUCAUGGAAAUAUGAGUUCCUAAUUGUAGGAGCCUGUUGUUGUAUUUGGGGGAUUGUGCUUUGGGUUUUCCUACCCGAUAGUCCUGUUACGGCAAAAGUGUUGAGUAUUGAAGAGAAGAGGAUGGCGGUUGAGAGACUACGGGAAAAUCAGACGGGGGUGGAGAAUAAAACGUUCAAGUGGGUGCAGGUUAAGGAGUGGGCGACGGAUUAUAAAACUUAUAUGUUCUUUCUGAUUGGGUUGGUUGCAAACAUCCCAAAUGGAGGGAUUAGUAAUUUUGUCGUAACAACUUUAAUGCAAAUCCCCUACGGCGCCAUAAUAGCGCUCAGCAUUCUAGCAUGCGUUUUCCUCAACGACCGCCUACCUUCAAACAACCGCUGUCUCAUGAUCGUUUUCUUCAUGCUCCCCAACAUCACCGGAGCAUUCGGUCUCCAAUUUCUUCCAUCAACUCACCAAGUACCUCGUCUAAUUAUGUACUAUCUAACCGGUCCCUACAACGCCUCUUUUGUCCUCCUACUCUCGGUAUUGUCAGCCAAUACAGCUGGUCAUACGAAGAAAAUCCUCACAAAUACGACGCUAUUCGUAGGUGGCUGUGUAGGCAAUAUCUCCGGCCCAUUUUUCUAUAAAAGUUCUCAGGCCCCGAAAUACGCGUUGGGGAUUUGGUCGAUGAUUGUUUCGCAUUUGUUGGAAGUAGUGUUAAUACUUGUGUUGAGAUUUUUACUCAAGAGAGAAAAUGAAAAGAGAGAUGUAGUGCAAGGACUCAAUGUGGUGAGUGGGAUUAGAGAGGAACCAGGAGAUGCAUUUGGUGAUGAGGAUGUAGAGGAGAGGAGAAGAAAGGAUUUGGAUGCUACUGCUUUUGCGGAUAUGACGGAUAGGGAGAAUUUCAAUUUUAGGUAUAUCUUCUAA